AUGCAUUUAUCACAAUCAAACAUCUCCAGUCGUCUUAUUUCAUUAUGUGUCUCAGAUACAUUAGCUAUCGAUAAUGGUUUAUGGUUAGCUGAACAUGUAUCUACAUUUAUCAAUCUUCGUCAUUUAUCUUUAAUCGACAUUAAACGUUCUUCUUUUGAAUUGAUUCUUAACUCAUUGUCACCUAUUAAUUCUCUCAUCGUGUUUAGUGUAUGCUUUUCAAUUGAUGAUGAUCGUUCUACUUAUACGUUUAUAGGUGUACCUGAAGGUGCAUAUUAUGAACGAAUUUUUCACAUAUUUCCUUCAUUACGUGUAUGUCAUCUGCUUUUCCGGCCAUACAUACUUUCUACUCUAGACAGUGAACUUAUUCUACCACCUGACAGAACUUUUAUGCCUGUUCAAAUCGGUCUUUUAAAUUUACAAUCACUUACACUUUAUUGCUCACCAAGCUUUCUGUCACAUUUAUUUGAACAUCUCCCACAAUUGCAACAACUCACCUAUACACGAACUGAUCCUUGGCUACCUAAAAACCAUCCACUAAGACAUAGUGAUUACAAUCGAAUCACUCCCAUUAAUAAACGUCUUGCUCCAAAUCUAUACUGCCUAACAAUAAAAUGGUUUACUUCUAUAAUGAAUCCAGAAUCGAUUAAUGAAUUAUUUGAACGUGAUCUUUUAUUUUCAUUAAUGAACUUCAGAUUAUUAGCACAAGUGGCUGGUCUCCAUGUUCUUCAUAAUUUACAAUUCAUGCUUUCCAGUCAAUGUUUAUAUUCGUUUGAUAUUACAUGGUCUGUUAAAACCGUUGUGUCAAUAUCGGAAACAAGCAAAAUUUUAUUCGACACAUUUCAACAGCUCAAAGGACCAGUGCCAAUUGAAUUAGAACUAUCUUUUUUAAAAGACAUGUAUGAUAUUAGAGCUUUAACAGUACCAAGAAUGGAUAAACGGUUAUAUGUCUAUACAUAUCUACAUAAAAAUAUUGUGCAUGGACGAACUCUAUGGUCAGAUAAUAGAUUUGUCUUCAACAAUCAAUUGCUUCGCUGUAAUAAGAUUAUUAUGAGUCAAGAUUAUGAUCGAAUGAACGAUGAAUUUCUUUCUUUUUCACCAUCCAUAGUUCCUUGGCAUCACGUUACAUCACUUACUAUUGCUGAACCAUUUAAUCGAAAUCAUCUUCAUCUUCUCUUUUCGCAAGCGACGAAUCUACGUACUCUAGAACUGCAUUAUAGAUUAGAAUUUGAUAGUAAAAUUGGUUUAAAAGAGGAAACUUUAAUCGAUCUCCUUAGCGAUAGUUCUUUAUGUAACAUGCUCAUGUCAAAUGGUUUACGACAACUCAAUCUUUUUACUGUUUGGAAACAAUCAAAUUUGUUAAACAUUGCUUAUUCAAUUGUCGAGCGACUAUCUCAUUUGCAAGUCAUAGAACUACAUGGUAUUGUUUGUGAAAUUAUGGAAGUGGCACAUAUACUUAUCAAUGGUCUUUCAAAAUUAAGUUUUCUCACUCUUGAUGGUGAAUUACAACGUGGUAAACUUUAUGAUAAAAGAUUGCGUGAUCUGCAGAAUUCAAAUACUCGUUCUUUUCGAACGGAAGUUCCUAAUACAAGAGAUGGAAAUAUACUUUUCGUAUGGCUAUAA